AUGUCUCCGCCGGCCGACGAUGUCCCGCGCACGCCAGACCGUCGCUCCUCCUCCGCCGCGCUCUUCGGUGCCUUCCGCUCUCUGACGAGCGGCCGUCUGAAGAGCCCAACACCGCCACCCUCGGCCUCGUCGACCACCUACACCCCCGCUCGUUCGUCGUCGCUCGCCGAGACCUUAGCUAGUCCAUCUACCUCCGCUGAUGGCUCCCUCAAACGGAUAAGCGAGCAAAUUGUCCCCAAACAUGCGCGGCCGGUGUUGGGAGGCCCUCCCGAGCUAGAUGGCCUCGUCGAACAAUUGGAUAGGGCUCAUCCAUUCGCGGAGCGGGCGGUGGCAGUGGAUAAGAUCUGCAAGAUCAUGGAGGAGUACAUCAUCGAGAACGUGCUUGAUCUGUGGUCCCGCGCCAGCGAUAUGCUUCUCCCAGAGCAGCCAGAUGAUGUGGCGGAGUCCGGGUACAGGCUCCUCAGACACUGCGUCGGCCUGCCUAAGCUUAAUGCCCUCGAACGCAACGUUCUUUUCGACGCCGCUUGCCUGCGCAAGACCGACCGCAGCUUCGACAAGCGUCUUGAUAUCAUUGCUGCUCUUACCAAGGGCGGUCGUCAUGUUGAAGCCUGCGAGUCAUCGGUGACCCAUUUCGUUCUGGCUUCGUUUGAUGCCGUCUACAAGCAAAGCGUUGAUGCAUACAAAGCGUCACGGAAGUCCAGCGGCAACAAGAAGAGUGGGGAACCGGUCCAAGAGCUGGAGAAUCUGGCGCAGCUGUUUCAGUACACUAUUGAUAUCUGCAAGUUCAAUUCUAAAGUGUUCAGCGACGAUGAUUUGGAACAUUUGCUGAAUAAGGUCGUAUCCAUAUGUCAAGAAACCAGUCGCCUACCAGACAUCGAAAAUGCCAUUCGCUUAUUCGACACUGUCAUCACCUAUGUUCACAUCCCGAGUCGCUCCUUACGCCCGUUGCUCGAAGUUCUUUGCGCCGUCCACCGCCAACUAGACGAUCUUCACAAGCAGACCUGGAAUACACUCAGCAACCUCUUCAAAUCCCACGUUGGGCAAGUCGCCGUAAAUGCCCUCUUGCGCACGUUGAACGAUGGUCCCGUUCGCAAGAACCGUGACUCUAGCGCAUACAGAGGAACAAUUCAGGUCCUACAGCAGCUUCUUCUCGAGAAUGGACGCAAUGGCCUCCCUAUUGUUCCUAUGUCAUUGUUAUUCCCUGCGUUGAAAGCCUCUAUGCAAAAUCCUCAUAAGUCCCAGGAAGAGUAUGUGCUGGAUCUCAUAGACGCCGUGCUAUCGGAUACUUCGUUGAAAGAUCUGCUGCUCUCCGAGGUCGAUUGGACCGAGUUGCUCGACAUCAUCCUUACGUGCGCCGAGCGAGGUGAUCAGCGUCUGCGAGGUCAAUCAGAGAAGACACUGGACGAUGAAACUCCUAGGAGUGGUUCGGUUUCUCGCAACACUGUAACCAACGGAGCUGGUUCCGUUGUGUCCAAUGGCGAUGAGGCUGCCGAUGUAAUUUCGAAUCUCGACUUGGCCGCUCCUGAUCCCCGGGUGGAAACAAUGUCUCGUCAUUCUGAAGACCGCGUAUUCAAGAUUUUAAGCAAAUUAGACGGCAUAAGCGGAGAUCUCGACUUCGUGCAGAAAGACGCUGUCAUGGAUCUCUUUAUGCGUUUGGCGCACCGCCUUAGCGAUUCCACGGCCGAGAACGUGAUCCAGUAUUACGUUGACGAACGUUAUCUACACCCUUCGAAUGGGAAGUGGCUUGAAGCUUCUCGCAGCAUGGUAUCUGGAAUCAUCAAAGACAGUAGCAGACCACGGUCACUUCGUAUCCUGGCCAUAAAAGCAUUGCGGGAGACCUACAACACCGUCCAGGUCUUGUGUCCAAGCGACCUCGUUCUUCAAUGCGGGACGCUUCUACUGAACAACAUCGAUAAUGAGGAGGAUGUUGCCGUUCUAAAUGAAUUAGUUGAUUUUGCUGUCGACGUCGCCGAUCGAGCCUCCUGGGACCAUUUCCCAGACAUAGUCGAGCUCCUGAAGAGACGCAUUCAGCGGACUGCGGUGCUGCACAAUUCUUCAGACAGUAUCGCACACGCUCUGUCUGCCUCCUUUCAGCUGGAGAGCGACAGAGCAUUGGGCACUUUAUGCAAUGUCAUCGCCACGGGCUUCGUGCGCCUAUUCAUUCGGAGCGUACAGCACUUCCCCCGUAAGACGCGGCUUCUGUACGAGACCUUGCGCCAUAUCGCGGGCACCGACGGAUACGAGAGUGAUGCUCGCCUCACUGUCCUGCGCCUGCUCUGCCGUUUACGGGCAGAUUCCACUCAUGCGCUGUACAUCAAUCCGUCCUCGGAAGGCAAAAGCUUGGCAGCAGUUCUUUGCAGGACGGCAGAAACAGCCACGACCUCUGCAACGGAGAGCCAUUCCGGUCAGACUCGACAUGAUGAUGCAUCACCAUUCCGCGAGCAGCGAAGGGUUUCGGGUAGCCCACUUCCUUCCACCCACAAGUCCGUUACUCGCUACUCCAACGCCGCUGGACGUGUAUCGAAGCCUGUACCACCUCUUUGGAUGUAUCCGGGGCCCAAAGGCCUCCCGGAAGAGCCAUCCUCUGACGUUAGCCGAGUCGUUUUCUCUCAUAUCAAUCCUGAAUUCUACCCACUCAAAGACGACAUCUUGGAUAUGGAGAUCACCUUGUGGCUCGAACUUGCCAUCUCCUUGUUACAAAAGUCACCGGACUGGGAGGUCUACAGCUAUGUUCUUGUGCAUCUGGGACCUCAAUUAUCCAAUCAGUCACUUGUACGAAGCUGCAUACCUCAGUUGAAGAUGCUUCGGAACGUCAUCUGUGAGCAGAUACGCAAUUCAUCUUUUCAGGAACCUCCACCUCACACUCUCCUGAAGAAAGCGGAUGUGGCCGUGUGUUUGUUCCAUAUCCUCACGGUAUUGAUCAGCUAUCACGACUAUUUCGAGAAGAGCGAAGAAGACGACCUGGUCAAAGUGUUCAUUCACGGGAUAACGAACUGGGAUAGAACACCGAAAUGGUGCAUCCAUGCGUUGUCGGUCUGCUGCCUCGAGCUGCCACUUUCUGUCAGCAAAUCCUUGGAUAUAGUCGUCCAGAAGGUGUCGCAGAUAGUCACGAAGCCUGCGACGGCCAUUCACAUUUUGGAUCUCCUCACUUCCUUGGCACGCAUGCCUGAAUUGUACAAGAAUUUCAGGGAAGACGAGUUCAAAAUGGUUUUUGGGGUCAGCUUUAGGUACUUGCAGCAUAUCCGAGAUCAACGCGAGCGAGCCGCUACCUCUGCCGCUCUACACAACAACCACCGGUCCUUGCGUCAUAGUGGACCUUCUCGGGAAAUCACGUCGUCUCCCGAUGCUGCCGCGAAGCAAACGAAGCCCGUGGAGGAUGACCUACCGCAAUACCUAUAUUCUCUGGCUUACCAUGUUAUUGCAUUCUGGUUUAUGGGUCUAAAGAUGGAGGAUCGCCCGAAAUUGAUGCCUUGGAUAGCACGAAGUCUUCGAUUCACAGACGGCAUGGGUCGACAAACGGAGUUAGAGGAGCAGGGCCAGGUCAUCGUGGACAUGAUGAACUUAGUAUGCUAUUCAGAUCGUGACGAGACAGUAGCAGAAGACAGCUUCGCCAAGCCGGGCGAUGGGGAGGUGUGGAAAAAGUCUUGGAUUGUCGGACACAGCUUAGUCACCAUAGAGACGGCUGCGAGAACAGGAGUCUCCCAGAUCAUUAACAGAAGACCCUGUGCCACCCGCUGCCUCUCCGUGCGCCCCCUGCUGGCCCCACCUCCACGCCACCAAAUUCCCCUGACUGUCGGCCUUGCUGCGGAAGCUUUCGACAGCUCUUCCUACAUCGGCAUUCUCCCAGAUGACAUCUUCCAAACUUUCUAUGCCGCCCUGAAUUCUGGCAACGAUCCACCCAUUGUUUUGCCAGACGAUGACAUGAUCCGUCGCGCGAUCGCUACCUUUGAUAGGAUCUCGGCUAUUGACAGCUACAAAGUUGGCGUCAUCUACAUUGGCGAUGGCCAGACAGACGAACGCGACAUUUUCAUGAACGACAUUGGACCGCCGGCUUACACGUCUUUCCUCAGCGACCUAGGUACCUUGUGUCGUCUGAAGGGCGCAAAGUUCAACACCGGCGGCCUCGAUACCCGAAAUGACCAAGACGGCGAAUUUACCUACUGUUGGCGUGAUCGGUGCAUCGAGCUUGUCUUCCAUAUUACGACCAUGAUGCCCACAGACCGCAACGACGAGAUGACCUAUCCCAACAAGAAACGACACAUUGGCAAUGACUUCGUCAACAUCAUCUACAACGAUUCUGGGCUCCCGUACAAUUUUGAUACCUUCCCUUCGGCAUUCAAUUACGUUCACAUCGUCAUUUCUCCCGAGUCUCGAGCAUCCUUUGUAGACCGCCGCCUCGAUUCAGAUCCCGAGGGCAAAGAUCGAUAUUACAAGGUACAGGUCAUGACCAAGCCUGGCUUCCCAAAUAUUUCGCCGGCAGCUGAAACCAAAAUCCUGGCAGGAAAGCAUCUUGCCGCUUACUGCCGCCUCAUCGCUAUCAAUGCUUGCGUCUUCUCGGCCGUUUGGUUCAUAAAAGACGGCGGCGAGUCCGUCUCCUCGUGGCGCAAUCGCCUCCGCGAGAUUCAGCGUUUGCGUGAACGAUACGGCGCCUCUGACGCGCAUGCCAUUACGUCGCCAUCGUCGCCCAACAACCAACAGCUUCAACAAGGCCUCUCAAGUCCACCAUCGCGAGAGAAUAACCUCGCCGGCCAGUUUAAGCGCACCAGCGUCGCCACCUACAUAAGCGAGGGCACAAAUCGAAGCAGCAUUACGAGCGGCUCGCAUGAUGUUGCGCAAUAA